AUGAAAAACUGGAAAUUAGCCCAUUUCAUAUCGUUUGUUAAGCUGAAGAAGAUAAGCGCAAUCAAAAAUUUUUUGCCACAUCAAAUUUUAAAUAUCUUUUUUUUAAAUUUACUCAUCAAGAUUCAACCUGAUAACAGAUUCACAUGUUCACAAGCAUUAAUAUUCUCAGUUACAUUCUUCAUCUUUAUUUACAUAAUUUCGAACAAGUAUACUUUCAAGCAAUGUUUGUCAAAAACAUUAACAGAAGCUCUCUUACAACGAAAAUUGACAAAUGUAAAAAAUUAUUGUGACACCUCUGCAAAUAAAACCUUUAUAUUCAUUGUUGGACGUGAAAAUUUGUGUCACAAUAUAGUUAAAGACUUUGAAUAUGAUUUGAGAAUAAUAGUUCUCACCUACAAAAGAUCAGCCAGCUUGUUAGAGCUCCUCCAAAGUUUAAAUGCUCUGGAAACAGAUGGAGACAGUGUUCUGCUCGAAAUAUGGAUUGACAGAUCUAUAGAUGGUCAUAUAGAUUCAGAAACAUUAAUAAGUGCUAGAAGUUUUCUGUGGAGAAAUGGCCCUGUACAUAUCUAUUUGCAGUCUAAGCACGUUGGAAUUAUCGGUCAAUGGAUUUAUAGCUGGGUACCUAAGAAGUACAAAUUUAAUAAAUCAAAAAUCAAUAAAACGUGUCCAUAUGAAAUUGGCCUAAUACUGGAAGACGAUAUAAGCGUUGCUCCUUAUUCAUACAGAUGGCUUAAAGCAGCAAAACAGUUUUAUAAUUCGACAGAAAAUCUUGCAGGAAUCACUUUUCAAAGUGAAAGUCUGAUUAUCGCAGAAACCGGGAAAGAAUUUAAUCCACUUCCAAGUUUAACUGGUCCAAGUUAUUUCUACAAAUUGGUUGGUAGUUGGGGUUUUGCUCCAGAACCAAGAGUUUGGUUAAAAUUUCAACGGUGGUUCAAAACAAAAACUUUGAAGCAUCCUUAUGUACCGAAAAUUUUAAUGACGAAAUGGUACCAAUAUUUUGAAUCAAUAAACACUACAGACAAGAUGUGGACAAUGUGGUUCAUAUAUUACUGCCAUUACCACAAAUUAGUCACUCUUUAUAGCAAUAUAUUUAAACCUACCAACAAAACUUUGAGAUCAAACAAAAGUCCUAGAAUAAAUCAGGUAGCCUGUUUAGCAUUGAAUAGAAAAGAACCAGGCUUACACUAUUCCAAACUAAUCAUACCAAACACAAAUUGUUUAAACUGGUACUGGAGACCAGAAUACAUUGAUUUCAAAAAAAACACAUUACUCUUUGGAUAUAAUGGAAAACCGACCAAAGAUCAACAUUUUUAA